CCUAGAGAAAGAACGCGAUCUUUGGAUUCCGUCCGGCUGGAACUAUCUGGGACAAGUGGCUAUGUCGUGGUUGCUGGCGCUCCAGAGUGGCGGCAAAGAAGUUGGACGCGGAGGUCGUGCCCUCUGCAAGGAUCUCCAUGCCCUAAUCUACUGCUCUUGGUCUCCCGCUGCUGUGCCUGUCGCCAGCCACGGCGACGAAGUUUGCAUUCCGAUCAGCCGCAAGACUGAUUGCUCUGGAUUCAGUAAUGACUCCAGUCAGCCCAUUCACUGGUGCAGACAGUUAGGAACUAUUCUUUCUCAGUCUUCACACUGGUGGCAGGGCGUGGGCACUAUCCUGCAGCCCUCUGGGCAUGAUUACUACUGCCAGGUGUUUAAAGCCAGUUUGAUCCAACUCAAGCCUGGGGAUCCAUGCCAGGGAUUUUGUCCUUGUCUGGCCCUAUCACGCCAUUGGCACCAGGGUGUUGGCACCCUUUUGAACCAUCCCAGGCAUACGAAUCGGUGUCAGAUCUUAAGCGGCAGCAUAGCCCACCCAAGCUCUAAGUGCUACUGCCUUGGUACCCGCCUCAGGCAACCUUGGUUCAUGAGGAUCCAGUCAAGGAGAUACAGCCAAUCUGUUCCUGCCCAACAUUGUGCCAUUCUAUCCUGUUGGCCCAAGCAGCUGGCUUCCUUUGUCCCUGCUAGAAGUGUCAGCAUGCAUAGUUACAAUGCAAGUCCCCCAGCAGGGACUGAAUGCCACGUGGUAGAUCUGCGCAGUGAUACCGUGACUCGGCCAAGCCCUGAGAUGAGGCAAGCUAUGGCUCAGGCAGAGGUGGGGGAUGAUGAUUACGGAGAGGACCCCACAGUCAAUGAGCUGCAGAGAGUAGUGGCUGAUCUCCUUGGAAUGGAAGGGGCUUUAUUUGUCGCCACAGCCACCAUGGCUAACCUCAUUGCUGUCAUGUGCCACUGUCGCAGACGAGGGGCCCAGGUCCUGCUUGGGAGGGAGGCCCACAUCCAUGUGUUUGAGCAUGGAGCAACUGCACAGGUGGCUGGAGUCCAUUCAGAGAUCCUGCAGGACCUGCCUGAUGGCACCAUCAGCCUGGAUGAACUGGAGCAGAAGAUCCAGCAGGCUCACAAAAGCCAAUACCACCCCCGCCCUGAGCUCAUUUGCCUUGAGAACACUCACUGCUCAGCCGGGGGACGGGUGCUACCCCUUAAAUACCUGCAGGAGGUGCAUCAACUAGCACAGCGAUAUGGGUUGCGGAUACACAUGGAUGGUGCCAGGGUGCUUAAUGCUGCUGUGGCACUGAGAGUGCUGCCAACUCAGAUCUCCCAGCACUGCGAUUCCAUCUCCCUCUGCCUCUCUAAGGGUGUGGGUGCACCAGUUGGAGCACUUCUAGGUGGAAGCAGAGACCUCAUCGCUGAAGCCUGGCGUGUGCGGAAGCUCCUUGGAGGUGGGAUGCGCCAGGCAGGGGUUCUGGCAGCAGCUGGGCUUCUUGGAUUAAGCGGUGCAGAGGAGACACUGCAGAGGGACCAUCACAAUGCCAGAUUAUUUGUCCAAGGUGCCUGUGCCCUUGGUUCACCUCUCUGCUCCAUAAAUCCAGCCACCGUGGAGACAAAUAUCGUUAUGGUGACAGUCUUGGCACCCUGGCUGACCCCUGCCAAGUUGUGUCAACUGAUGGAGGCUGUGAGUGCGGAGGAGGUUGCUGCAACGGGCCAAGCCGUGAGCGUGCGGCUCUUCCCAUGGGGUGAGCGUCGCCUGCGUGCCGUCUGGCACUGUGAUGUCUCCCCUCGUGACACACAACUGGCUGGGGACAAGUUACGCUUUGUACUGGGCCAAUGUGAGCGGCAAUGUGCUGGCAUGCCCUGAAGCCAGCCUUGCAGGCCAGAAGUUAAGCUGGCACUCAGCAGGUCAGUGUGAAAGAAGCCAGCAAUUCUCCCGUUCCUACAAAAACAGCUCUUGAUAGCCUCGCAGUCAUGCAGCUGAAUCAGCCCAUGCUUGAAGCCUUGGUGUACUUAGGGAAACUCCAUUUGCCAUCCUUUCCUCCUGGGCCAAAAUCUGCAAGGGCUUUCCAAAUGGAAAUAAGCCCAAUCUAGACCCAUCACACUCCCAUAUCUGCUGUCCUCAACAGAUGGUAGCUACUUGGGCACACCUGUAUUCCUCCAGGUACAGCACAGGAAAGGAGCAGACUUCAGCUGGCCAAGGCAGCUGCUGUGGGGUACAGCUGUGGGAGAGCCAGCUGUUUUCCAGGAGCAGCUCUGGCAGCCUCUCUCUUUCCAGACCCCAAAUCAUCUCCAGGUAGCUUUCUGUGACCAAAGGAGCGGCAGUCGCUUCAUGACCUGACAGGAAACAGGCACCGCCAAUGUGGCUCCCUUUUUCCAGCCUUGCUUUCUGCAGGUAAGAGGGGGCUUUGUUUCUCAAGGAUGCUGCAGUCUUGUUCAGGUUACAGGACAUCUGCCAGCUGAGGCCCUUGGUGAGUCACUGCUGUGGUCACAUUGUGGCUGGAGAAAUCCAAUUUCCACAGCACAGAUGGUGCUGUCACUGCCUGAGCCUCUGGGCUGUGUGUUUCUGGAGGGAGCAAAAGGCCUAGCAGGACCUUUGCUGCCACCUGGCUGUAGCUCCUGUAUGGAUUACUGCAAAGUACUCCAGAGCAGGCCGCUGCGUUCAGUAUCUGAACAACUGAGCCCCGCCAGCCAGGCACAAACUCUUACUGUGCCAUUUACCAACAGAUUCAAGAGCCACACUCCAUCCUAAUGGAAGGGAUCCGGCAUUAAAAAUAAUUAAAAACCCAUUCCAUCAAGUUGCAAAGGAGGGAGAAGAGAGAGGUAAGGCUAUUAUUCUAUUGCCUCUACUGAGAGACCAGCUGCCUUUGGCUCUCUCCCACUGUCACCUAGCUGCAGGCAUUGCAUCAGGUUACCACAAGUGUUGCCAUACCAGCUGAUCUUUAUAAGAACUGUAACUUUUAAGAACAGAUGCCUGAGGUUGCUUUUAUUUUUCCUCCUCCCUCCCCAUUAGAUUUUCCUUGUAUGUCAUGUCUUUUAGAUUGUAAGCCUGAGUGCAGGGAAUGCCUUCUGAUUUUAGUAAGUUGUGCUGGGCAGUAAGAGAGGGGUCAUAGUUAUGAAAUAAACAGAUAAAUAGCACCUGUGUGCUUCCUGGAGCCCUUUUAUUUCUAGAGGUCCAAUAUGCAUCAAGGAGGACUGACAGAUCAUGGUUUGAAGAGGUGUAUAGCAAGGAAUGGGGUGAAAGGGCCAUGGCUGCCACAGUUGUUGGGUUGGGGCAGGGAUGGGGAACUUGUGUCCCUCCAGAUGUUGCUGGACUCCAGCUCCCUUCACCCCAUUGGACACGCUGGCUGGGACUGAGGGGAACUGGAGCCCAACAACAUCUGAAGGGCCACGCAGGUUCCCUCCUCCCGUUGGGUUCUGAGCAAGGCAUUUGUUGCCUUCCUUUCUUGGCUCUGCUUGUACACCAAGAGCUGCGUUGUGUUGCUCUGAGCUCUGCCCUGCCCAGUGCACCAUGGAUCAAGUAUGUACAGGUGGCAAUGACUACACCUUAAUCAUUGUGGUUCAUCGCCUCUUUCCUGCAUGCCCCUCGGCCUAGUACAUUCACUUUGUAGUUGCAGUCAUGGCCUGUAGCCCCCAUGGUUCAUGUAGGUUAUGGAUUGUGGCUGCACAACAGGAAGGAGCUGAGCAGUGUCAAGAUCUCCUCACAAGAAGGAUCAAGCAGGGUAGGGUUAGGUCACUGCCCUGAUCGUACUGUACCACCACCACCCUUCCUCCCUCCCUCCCUCCCUCCUUCCCUCCCUCCCUCCCUCCCUCCCUCCCUUCCUUCCUUCCUUCCGCCAUUUAUCAGAUGAUCACCGAACAUGUCUCUGGCUUCAGGCUGAGCUGCCGAGCAGCCAGGAGAAGCAGGAUGCCAGCCAACCCCUCAGUGCCAAAAGACAGCUAGGCGAGUGCCAGGGACCAGCCAAAGGUAAUGCGGACAUGCUCAAAGCGCUGCUGAUCAAACAUGCGCACUGUCUCGGUGAAGGCUGCUCUGGAGUAGCAGAUGUAGAUGCUGGUUCCCGACAGUGUUAGCAGUGCUGGAUGGGAAGAAAAAUGAU